GCAAACUUCACUGAAUUACAUUCUGGAAGCUGGCAUUCGUUGAUGGGAAGCCAGGAGAUUGGUCGAGGACUGUCUCCAAUAUCUACGAGUGCAGACACCGGUCUCAGCAGUCUCCCGUCUCCUUCCGAGGUGUCAGACGGCUCCAUUUCUGUCACUUCAGCCUACUCCAGCAGCUCUGCUCUCCGUGGUUCACCAGACUGCAGCCCGGAGAGCAGCCAGGACACUCCUGUAGAAACAUCCCCCAAUUCCAGGCUGCUAGGAGCUGCAUCCUGGGACCUGGAGGAUCCAGUGGAACAAGGCCAGUACCUGGACUCCCCUGGAGCGGUUGGUGCAGAUCUCCUGGAAUACAGAGAGGACACAGAAAACCAGAACUAUUUGCAGGUUGAUAUGGUCACCCUCGCAGAACAGAUCAUAGAGGCCACUCCGGAUCGCAUCAAGCAGGAUGAUUUCACCGCCUCAGACUCCGCUCCGCUCAGAGAGAGAUCGGGCAACCUUAGCAAGACUAUGGCAUGGCUGGCCAGCUACCUGGAUACCGCCGACCAGAUGCCCGGCUUACCCCCCGCAUGGAGAGGGUAUGCGGGCAGCACGUGCCUUGGCUCGCUUUGCUCAGAUGAGUCCAGGAGAAGACGGUAGCAGCCUGGGGUCACAUUCUGAUGUUGGAGCCUUUGGACAGCGAAGCAAACGGGUAAACAGAAGGUCCAUGGAGGGCUUACGCGUUAAAGUGACCAGGUCCGAGGCCCCACCAUCCCCUACAACACCUCCCCCGUUAGGGGAGAUCUCCUUUGAACGGUUUGACCCUCCCGGUGCAGCCAGGUGGUCCGAGUUCCUCAGUGCCUCAAGCAGUGGACGGAUGGAGAGCGAGUUUGCUCUGCUGACCCUCUCGGACCACGAACAGCGGGAGCUCUACGAGGCGGCCCGGGUUAUUCAGACCGCCUUUCGCAAGUACAAGGGACGACGGUUAAAGGAACAGCAGGACCUAGCGGCUGCCGUUAUUCAGCGCUGCUACCGGAAGUACAAGCAGCUGACAUGGAUUGCUCUGAAGUACGCACUGUACAAGAAAAUGACGCAAGCGGCCAUCUUGAUCCAGUCCAAGUUCCGCAGUUACUACGAGCAGAAGCGUUUCCAGCAGAGUCGCAGAGCAGCCGUGUUGAUCCAGCAGUGUUACAGGAGCUACAGAGAAGGAGCCCGCGGGGGACCGGCCUUGCAAUCGCAUCAAGGGGUCAUUCCUGACGAAGAAGCAGGACCAGGCUGCCAGGAAGAUCAUGCGAUUUCUGCGACGUUGCAGCCACAGGAUGAAGGAAUUAAAGCAGACUCAAGAUCUGGAGUGUUUACAGAAGCGGGGGCUGGCCAAAUA